AUGCAUCGGCUGUUCAGCAACAUCGACAAGUUGGUGUUUGUUCACGCUCUGACUAAGCUCGAAACGGUCUCUGAGUCCUACGUUGUCUGCAGUGGACUCAACCCGGAUGGUGACUCAUCUCAUCAUGCUGUGUCGAAGGAUGCCUUUCGCGCAGUACUUUUGGGCUUGGAUAUAUUGGACAACACCGCUCACAUGAAUGUCUCCGCGGAUGCUGAGGAGUCGGUCUCGAUCUCGACUGAUAAUGCGACGAUGGCCUUGGUUAUGAAGAUCGGUAUCCAUACUGGCCCGGUCAUAUCUGGAGUGGUCGGAUCGAGGAGGCCGCAGUUUUGUAUAUUCGGGGAUACCAUUAACACUGCAUCGCGGAUGAAGUCCACUGCGAUCCCCAAUCGUGUUCAUCUAUCGGCGAGCACACGUAUGUGCUUGGAAUCCUCCUCGAGUCUGGCGUUUGAGGAGCGCGAGGCCUUCAUCAAAGGGAAAGGAAUGAUGACAACUUACGAUGCUUCUCGAGUUGUCGGAUCCCCACACCUCAAGGAUGCUGGCAUGAUGUCUCCGAGGAUACGUAGGAGCAAGUCUUCGGCCAUCUCUAUACGAUCUUCUACUGUGGAAGAAGUAGGGAAGAUUGAGCCUUUCCAGAGGCACUUCCAGGCCAGUGCUAGUGCCUCAUCAGUCAGUACGUUCGCAACCCGUGUUGACAAGCUCCUCGCAUGUCUUAAGCGGUAUGUUUCGUCGUGCCGAGGGUCGGCGGGAAGCUCUAGUAACGAUAUGGAUGACUCUCCCGCCGAGUCGUCCUCUGAUGAGGAUAUGAAUUGCAGCGAUGGCUCGCCCCAAUACGACGAAUCCUACGACAUCAACAUGGCCAUUGAAGCACUAAGAUAUCAUAGCGAUCGUCAUGAUGUUACUGUGAAGCAGGCCGUCAAGUAUAUCGAUCUGAGCAGCGACAGGGCGAACUUCUUCACCUUGGAAUUCCUCCAAGAAGCCUAUGAGACCGAGUUUCGUAAAGAUUGUCUCGCAACAUUCGCAACCUCGAAAUGGACUCGGCGAACCCUGCUUAUUCUGUCGGUAUCUUACCUUAUCCAAACCAUCGAGCUUCUGGUCGUACCACAGCAGCCGCAAGUCAUAUUUUCCCGCUUCCUCUUCGCCCGACUCACGGUAUGGAUCUCCUGA